CUCAGGCUCAGCUUCUGCCAGAUUUGGCUACCCAGUACCACCACCAGAUGACUGUCAGUGCGCAUUUCCAAUUGGCAGGAGGGAGAGUAAACCGAGGAGACCGAUCGGGGAAGAGUGUGUAUGAGAGAGAGAGAGAAGCGGGAGUGAGUGUGUUAUAGAGGGAACAGAGUGAGAGACUCCAGCGGAGGGGCGAGAGGUAACUUCACCGAGGUUAUCACUGCGCACUGUCGAGGAGGAGUGAUCGCUUUUUUUUCGCGCAGCAUGCUGAAGCAGGUUACAAAGUGGACUCUGGAUGAACCUUCUGAUUGAAACGCCCGAUUCUCUAAUGGACUGCUGGAGAGCACAGUGAGGCGAGAGCUGUGCCACAGUGGCAAGGAACGGAGACUGGGAAAGAAGCUGAUGCAGAGGGGAAAGUUACCAACUGUGGAGAUGUAUUGCUAACUGCGAGUUUACUGACUGCUCGGACCAUUCUGAGUCGUUUCUUUAAACUGGAUGCUAUUGUAGACGAAUCUCCGGUGAUCCCGAGCCCGGUGCCGCGGUGGACCAUAACCAGCUCAGUCGCAUAGACGGAGCGAGACUCUUUCCAUAGAAUACAAUCAGCGGCAAGAGCAACUAAAAUGUCUUCGUUAUACCUGAUCUUUUGCGUGAUGGUCACAGCAGCCACCCAAGCAGCCUACUUCUCCCAGCAGCCCCAGGACCAGGUGGUUGUAUCCGGUCAGUCGGUGACCUUGCCUUGUGUCAUCGUGGGUUACCGUGGAAUGGUACAGUGGACCAAAGAUGGCCUGGCACUGGGAGGAGAGAGAGAUCUACCAGGCUGGACACGCUAUUCCUUAAUGGGCGACCCGCUAUCAGGCGAGCACAGCUUGCAGAUCGAUUCAGCAGAGUUGGCGGAUGACGCGGUGUAUGAGUGUCAGGCUACACAGGCAGCGCUUCGCUCCCACCGUGCCAAGCUCACUGUACUAGUUCCUCCCUCUGACCCUGUGGUGGAAGGCGGCCCCGUUGUACGUCUCAAGGCCCACACACCGCACAACCUCACCUGCAGAGCCUCGGGAGCCAAACCUGCUGCUGAAAUCACCUGGUACAGAGAUGGAGAAGUCAUGGAAACUGCAAUUUAUUCCAAGUCCCUAAUGGAGGAUAGGAAGAGGGAAACAGCUGUCAGUAUGCUUCCAAUCAUUCCAGAGGACAGUGACUCCGGACGCACCUACACCUGCAGGGUUGUUAACCCAGCUGCCCCUGCUGGACGACAGACAUCAGUCACUAUCAAUGUCCAGCACCCCCCUUCAGUGACUCUGUCAGUCCAGCCUCAGACUGUAACAGAGGGAGCCAAGGUUCUCUUCAUCUGCUCUGCCUCAGCCAAUCCUGAAAUCACUGGAUACAGGUGGUCGAAAGGAGGAGUCCCCAUCUCCGAAGCAAAUGGGGAUAGCCUUGAGGUGACAGUGGACUACUCCUACUUCACAGACCCCGUCUCCUGUGAGGUGUCCAACUCUGUGGGCAGCACCAAUGUCAGCACUCUGGUUGAUGUCCAGUUUGGCCCCAGACUGCUGUCGGAGCCGAAGCCCAUGACAGUGGAUACAGGCAUGGAUGCAGCCUUCACUUGUGCGUGGACUGGAAACCCUCCUCUGACCCUGGCUUGGACCAAGCAAGGCUCCAGUGUGGUGCUCAGUAAUGGUAACACCUUGCAGCUGAAGGCUGUUACUCAGGAGGAUGCUGGCACAUACACCUGCAAGGCCAUUGUACCCCGUAUUGGAGUUGCAGAAAGAGAUGUCACUCUAACUGUAAAUGGUCCACCUAUCAUCACAGCAGAGGCCACACAGCACGCUGUCAAACACUCCAAGGGCAAGCUGGAGUGCCGGGUGGGAAGCAGCCCCCCACCUGAUAAGAUUGUGUGGACCUUUGGGGACAUGAGCCUGUCCUCCGGCUCCUCCGGUCGUUACUCAGUGCAGACAGUAACCAGUGACCACGGAGUCGUGUCGUCUCUGGUGCUAUCUGAGACUCUUUCACAAGAUUUCCAGCUGCGCUACAACUGCACUGCUUGGAACCGCUUCGGCACAGGCACUGCCCUGGUCACGCUGAAGGAGCAAGAAGCACUGCCGAUGUUGAUAAUUGUAGGUGGGGCAGUAGGUGGCGGCUGUGUCCUGCUCAUCUGUGUCAUCACUCUGGUCUCCCUCUGCUGCAGGCACACAGGCAAAGGUGAGCUCAACGGCAAAAGAUGCACUCGUCUUUCCAAGAGUGACAUCAGAGUUCAGAUUGUUCACAGCGAUCACAAUGCUACACGCGGCAACGACGACGAGGAAGAUGUCAAAGAACCCAUGGCUCCAAACAGCAGCGAGUCUCCCGGGACAUCGCGCACAGAACACAGCGACCUCCUGGAAGAGGAGGAGGACGAAAGAUCGGACAUCAAGGAUCCUACCAAUGGUUACUACAAUGUUCGUGGCCACGACGACCGUCAUAUUCGCGGCAGCGGAUUUUCUGAAUACGUGCCCAAUUCUCGGCCGGUCUACACUCCAUCGCAGCUGCCCUCCCCCAGCCCCGUGUACGGUCAGCACGGCACCCAACCCCGUGCCUAUGACUUCUCCCACCGAUACGCAACCACCACAGUGAGCAGAACCUCAUACGAACAGCAGCAAGCUGCCCAGCAGCAGCCUGCCCAGCAGGGGGGAGUUUAUCCCACUGACCCCCUCUACAGUGGCACUGCUUACCUACCUGCUACUUAUGGCCACGCCUUCACCAGUUAUGUUAAGCCUGCUUCCUAUGAGAAGGUGGAUGCGUACGACCAAUCAGAUCAGGCCAGCAAGGUCUCGAGCUCAUCUCGCUUCUCUUACGCCUCGUCACAAGUGUCCUCCCAGCAGUCCGACUAUGGCCGGCCCUCGCAACGUAUGCAGACUCAUGUCUGAUAGGGCCAAAAAAAAAAAAAAAGAGUAAAGAAGCAGUGAGUAGAUAACUAUUUGUCACCACAUGUGUGGGCGGACUAACAUGAACUUUCUUUACUCGGACAGUCCUGCAAGGAUUUGUUAGGACAGUAUAAGAAGGGAGGCAUGAUUUCGGUUAUGAAUAACCAACCUGCGAUGGACGGCAGCAUCUACAAUAAUGUGAACUUGUAGAGCUAGAAAAUUAAGCAGAUUGUGAUGUUCAAGUCAAGCAUAUGAUGAACAUUACAGUGCGAUACCUCACUAGGUUGUCUCUACAUGAUGACCACCCAAACUUGUGGAGAUGUUCUGCGAGUUCGUGGGCCAACCAGAAAAUAAAUCAAAUGCAUCCCUUAAAUUUGGGUGGCCAAAACGACUGGGGUAGCUGUUUACCUGCAUUCCAGAGUUUACUUUGUGUCAACACUAAUUGUAAACAUAACCUCGUAAAUACUUUGAAAGAAGACAGUACGAGCUAACACGUACAGUAUUUGAGGAGGGGGGGGUAAAAAGGUGUGAAGAACCUUUGUUGUCUGUCAUUUUGAUGUUUUCGUUGGCAUGCGAAAGGAAUUGUAAGCACAUUUGUGUCUCUAUCAUCUACAAAUGACUGAGCUAUCCACAGAGACAGACAUGAACUAUUCUGCACAACAGGCUAGCUGCACUAACCAACAAGUGCUACAGGCACUCUAUUGUAAGUGGAAUACAUCUGGACUGACCUGUGUUUCUGGAGCCUCUCGUGAUAACCUUAACACGUUGGACACAAAGUGUUGUCUGCCAGUGGGGAGAGAAGAAUGUGCAUAUUGCCUUCGUUUUAAUGGAGGACUCUGUUGUACUGACACGGACGAGUUAAGGCAGUGAAAACCCAAAGAUGGUAACAAAUUGUAUAGGUAAUAAAAAUAGGGGCUGAUGUUGAAAACUGUUGAUCUACCCCUGCAUCGUUUCCUGCUGUACUUUCUGAUUGUAAAAUCAAGAGUAGGAACUUACCAGAACAAUCAAAAGUGGUCUUUUUUUUUUUUUUGGAAAAUGGUGGCAAUCUUGAACUUGAAAUAAACUUGAACGCAGAAUCAACUUCGGCAGGCUUAGGUGGGGUAAGAUGUGGAAGGCGGUCCUGACGGGGGACCACCCGCUCUCAAGUUUUACAACUCAACUCAAUCAAAUCGUCUCGCUAUGUUUACAAGAAACAGUACUACCCUGAAACUGAGUAUCUGUACAAAUGGCUAAGUCCAUACUUUCUCUCUGUUGCAUGCAAAUGAUGUGUCUAGUGAAACUCUUCAGCGUUUAUAUUCAUGUCCAUUUCAUGUUCGAGACAUCGGUUACUGCACCUGACCCGGCCGCAUUCCACUUCCUGGGCGUUUUUGGUGUGGACGCUUGUACUGCCAUUUGUCUAAAAAUAUAAAGAAAGAAAUGAAACGUUCCCAGGCAGCCUAAUGAGAGAACAAAUGUCACUUAAAGUGAGGAGGCAAACAUCAUCGCUUGUCUUUAUUUUUCUAUUUUGUAUACGCCUUAAAGUACAGCGUGUAAGCUGCUCUACUGUAAAGUAUCUUUAUAUACAUAUGUAUCUAUCUCAGUUUAUUUUAUUUGGUAUUCACACAUUUUCUUGUCUGAGUUGUUCAUCAUUCCUCUGAAUGCAGUUACCAUGCUUUGGAACACAACUAAUUGCCAUUUUGUUUGUUCAUUCUUUUAAUAUUGUAUUAAGAAUUUUAUUUGCUAAAAAAAAAAAAAAAGAGCUAUUGUUGCUUGUACCUUUGUACACAUAUUUAUAUUUAAAUAAAACCAUUUCCGAUAAAGAACACGGCUCGUGUGAAUCCUCUGAGUUAAUCAGCCUGGUGAGCUGCUUCAUUGGGCAUGGGGAACAGUGAAAAACAAAGCCUCCCAUGUAGCAAAAAUGAUGAAUACAUAAAUUAGCAGCACUGUCUAUGUUGAUUUUCCUAUUCCCCCAGUGGUGUGCUGCUUUUAAUGAAGACAGAUGAGAUAGUAGAACCCCCACUGUAUGUGUAUCCACCUCCUGAAGCCAACGCGCCUAUCUCGAAGGGUAACAGGAUAGAGCUGCGACAAAGGUAGGUAUUAUUUGACAAUAUGAGUUCGCCCUGUCACCUUUGUUCCCCAGGUAGGCCCGCUGCUCACGACAGGGAGGAGAAGAACACGCUCAUUACAAUUCUACUGUGAGAAGGGACAAAGUCUCACAAGGCCUGCAUUCAUUAUGCACAACAUAAUACAAAACAAGGCCCCAUCAAAGACAAAUGAUACAGGUAAUGUAAUUAGGUGCAGAGGAAUCAGAUAAAAGAUGUUUAUUAUCAUGACUCAUAUAAAAAUAGAUACAAACGCACACACACACAGAGAAUAAAAGGUCCAUAAUCCAAGUCACAGUUUGUAUACAAUGCUUAUGAAAAUAUCUUCUAAAAUUUGUAGCCUCUCCCAACUUUCUACAUACAUAUUUUGAAAAAAUAAUACACAUUUACAUAUGUAUAUAACUCUGCCAAUUGUUUAUUCUAAUAUUUCCUCCCCUUCAAUAAAUAAUCCUUGGAAAAUUCUAGUUCUUAUCCUGAGUGUAACAGUUGCGUUAGAAUAAACCAUCGGGUCAGAUAUGUUGCUUAAGGUGAAGUUGGGUCGUGAUCAAACAGAGGAAGCUCUCACGGUGAAGAAUGGCUUGCAUUGCUCUUGCAACUAGUGAAAACCGCACUGAUUUACACUCAGGCUGUGUGAUUGAAGACCCCAGUCGCCCUGAGCUUAACUGCAGACAUGUGCAAAAGCCAGCAAGACCUAAACACCACCCUCUGCCCUUCUCUUGAGUAUGAGAUUUUGCCUAAUCAUUCACCGGCAGGGCCCUCUAUAAAUAACAAAUAAACUGAUCUGGGUUGCUACAACUUUUUAUGAAUCACUCCAGUCUAACUCUUCAAUGCUCAUGCUAGUGUUUUUCCUAUUUUCAGACUGCUGACUACAAACCGGUGUACUUUAUUGCUGGCCAUUUUCCAAAGCAAACUGUGGGCUUUUAGAUUGAUUACUGCAUUUUCUACCUUCAAGGCAGUUUUUGGUUUUCAUUCAUUUUAGUAGGAUAUGAAAAUUCCCCUACCUGGAUUUUUGUUCUUGUGUUAUUUGUUUUUAUUGUAGCUAUUGUUUUUUUGUUUUUAAAGAAACUUCUGUCAUUACAUAAAACCAUAAAUUUAUAGCUACUUACCGCAUGAGCUUACUGGCAAUAUUUACUGCCGCAAGAGGAUGAAAGCAUCUCACAAAAGAGGGGGAAAAAAAAAAAAAAAAAAUCACAUUAAAAA